AUGAACAUUGGUGAAACGGCAGAUCAACUUCUUGAAAUGCAUGAUGUUGUCUAUGAAGAGAGAAAGAAGCGUAUCGCCCAUCUGGGGGACGAGCUGACUCCUGCAGAAUUCUUCAGAUUUACAGAAGCACGUCAAGCUACUUUUAGGGAUGAUCCAAAGCAGAAGUUUAAAUUAAAAAGCGAUUCUGGAAAUCUUUUGCGGUGGUUGGGUGCUCCACAAUGUGAUUCUGUUGUCCCAUUUGUUCUUGCAUUCAUAGGACGCGAAGUAGUGGCCCAGUUUGUGGAAGCUGCUGUCGUCAUACGAAGAUUUGAAGAGCCGAACCUUUUUCUCAAUGACGAUCAACAUGGACAAGUGGCUGGACCGAAUGAAAGGGUUCCAUUGCAGGUCCGGCACUAUAAUGAAGCUCUCCGUCGAUGCAUUGGCUGGAGACGUCACAAAGAUUUUCUAUUUGGAUAUCAUCCAGAAGCUGAAGAGUGUAGUUCUGCGAAAAAGUUGAAAUCUGAGGACGGCGAUGUUUCUUAG